AGCGCCGUGCCGAAUGGAAUUCAGUCGUGCAUUAAGGUGCAUUGCGCAGAUCUCAUCUCAUCGCCGACCAACUAUUCAUUCCCGUUGGAUUUGGGUUUUCUGAUCCUUUCUCCGGCCGAUAAUCCCUAAUCCGACGUUGUUGUUUAAUUUCCACCCUUUUUCUCUCACCAAUUCGGUGGUUGUUUUGGAUUUCGAAGCGGUAAUUUGGUUUUCUGUAAUUAUUUGGAGGAUUUUUGUUUUCGUUGUUGCGAUCGGCAAUUGGAUCGGAAUUCUGGAGGAGAAGGAGGAGAAUAGAGCGUGAGAGAUCUUUUGGUGGUGUGAAAAUGGGGACGGAUUAUAAUCAUUACAAGAUGUUUGGGUACUUCAGUCGGAAGUUUAAGACGACGGAGUUGGAGCCGCCGGAGGGCGUGAAGCAGGCGUUCUCGAGGUACGCCGAUGGGGGAACGGAGAUGACGGCGUAUCAGCUGCUGAGGUUUCUGGUGGAGUAUCAGGGGGAGAAUUGGCGGACCGUCGAUGACGCGAGGGGGAUAAUGCUGGAAGUGUUGGAUAGGCGCAACAAAUCGGUCGAUGACGGCCGGAAUUUGAGCUUAACGCUUGAUGAUUUCUUCUAUUUCCUGUUUCAGGAUGAUCUCAAUGGACCGUUUAACCCUAAGGUACACCAUGAUAUGACAGCUCCGUUGCAUCAUUAUUACAUAUAUACAGGUCACAAUUCCUACUUAACUGGAAACCAAUUGAGCAGUGACUGUAGUGAUGUUCCCAUCAUAAGAGCUCUGGAAAAUGGUGUCCGAGGAAUAGAGCUCGAUUUAUGGCCAAAUUCUUCCAAAGACAAUGUACAUGUUCUUCAUGGAAGGACCCUGACAACUCCUGUACCACUACUCAAAUGUUUUGAGUCGAUUAAACAACAUGCCUUUGUUACUUCACCAUACCCCGUCAUUAUUACUUUAGAGGAUCACCUUACUCCAGAGCUUCAGGCUAAAGUGGCAGAGAUGGCUACACAAACAUUCGGUGAUAUGCUGUUUUGUCCUGAGUCCGGGAAUUGCUUGGAGGCAUUUCCUUCGCCCGAAGAGUUAAAGCAUAGAAUUAUAUUGUCGACCAAACCACCCAAGGAGUAUCUCGGGGCCAACAAUAACAAGGAUGGUGAAAACAACAAGGAUGGAGAAAGUAAUAAGGAUGGAGAAAGUAAUAAGGAUGGAGAAAGUAACAAGGACCAGGAAAAUUCUUCGGUGAAAGAUUACUCUGACGAUGAAACUGAAGUUGAUUACAAGAGCGACAGCGAUGACGAAUCAGUGUGCAGUAGCAACAGCAUGAGAUUAAAGUCAGUCAACUAUGCAGCACCCGAAUACAAGCGCCUCAUAAGCAUUCAGGCUCGAAAUGCCAAGAACAAGCGCUUGAGGCAUGUCUUAAAACUGGAAGACACGGCUCUUCGUCUUAGUUUAAGCGAACAAGAAAUGGAGAGAGCUGCAUCGUUAUAUGCUACUAAAGUAGUGAGGUUCACUCAGAACAACUUGAUGCGGGUAUAUCCCAAGGGAACACGUGUAACUUCAUCGAAUUUCAGGCCAACCACUGGAUGGAUACACGGAGCGCAGAUGGUCGCCUUCAAUAUGCAGGGAUAUGGAAAAUCUCUCUGGAUGAUGCAUGGAGUGUUCAGGUCGAACGGAGGCUGCGGCUACAUUAAAAAACCCAAUAUUCUCAUGACAAGAAGUGCAGAGGAUGAGGUCUUCGAUCCCAAAUUCCCAUGGUCUGUGAAAACUACAUUGAAGGUGACCGUGUACAUGGGAGACGGGUGGCGUAUGGAUUUCAGCAAAACACACUUUGACAAGCAUUCGCCACCCGACUUCUACACAAAGGCUUAUAUAAUAGGAUUGCCGCAAGAUGCGGGGAAGGGAAGAACAAGGAUAAUAUUAGACGACUGGAUACCCCGUUGGGAUCACGAGUUUUUGUUCCCUUUGCGAAUCCCGGAGCUGGCGCUGCUGCGGAUAGAGGUGCGCGAAUACGACAGGUCAGAAAAGGAUGACUUCGGGGGCCAGACGUGCUUUCUUGUGUCGGAACUGCGGCCGGGGAUCCGAUCGGUGCCACUCUAUGGCAAGAAGGGGGACAAGUAUAAAUCUGUGAGGCUUCUCAUGGGGUUUUCUUUUGAAUGAAGUGAGUGAAUGAAAUCAACAACUAUUACUUAUUUCUUUUUUUUUAGUUUGUUGUUUUUCAUCAUAAUCCGUUAUUAUUAAUUACAACAAAAUAGUCGCACUCGAGAGAAGUAGCUUCUCGUCGCGGCUGCAGAUUCCCACGGCGGACGGAAAAGAUGGUCGGGUAGUGUAUAAUUUAAUAUGCUCUUAUGUGUGUCAUUUUUGCUUCUCUCGAACCUUUGCAUGGCUGUGUUUGGAUGUAUGUACCUUUUGAUUUGAUUCAUAUUUUGUAUUAUUUAAAAAAUAU